AUGGCCAACGGGGGACGCAGGCAAACUUGGUGUGGCCGCGCAGCGCUGAUAAUCCUCCUGUGCUGUUGCGCUGUUGGUGGCGGCUGCGAUGCGUUCCGUCAUUCCGGCCCCCGCCGUGGGAGGGGCGUUCACGUUGGAACCGGCUUCCAUGCCCAUUCUCCAGUGUGGGAGGGUCCAGAGCCGAUAUACCUGUGCAGCGAGCACUACAGAAACACGACACUCGACCAUUUUGCCUGGGAUCCUCCGGAAGGGCGGGCAACGUAUUCUCAAAGAUACUUCUUGUGUGACAGCUACUGGAAGUCAGGGCCAGAUGGAGAAAAGGGACCAAUUUUUGUUUAUCUCGGGAAUGAAGCUGAUGUCACUCUAUAUCUGAAUGCCACAGGGCUGAUGUGGGAGAACGCACCCAAUUUUGGUGCUCUGCUUGUAUUUGUGGAACACAGGUACUAUGGCAAGUCUGUCCCUUAUGGUGGCAAAAACUCGAAGCAGUUCCUGACAACUGAGCAGGCCAUAGCUGACUAUGCUGAGUUCAUCACAGACCUGAAGGCUGAAUUAAAUGCAACACACAGCCCUGUCAUUGGUUUUGGUGGAUCCUAUGGUGGAAUGAUUGGAGCCUGGAUGCGCAUGAAAUACCCACACAUAUUGGAUGGCGUAAUCGCAGGAUCAGCACCAAUAUGGACAUUCAUUGGGGAGGAUCCACCCGUUGAUCCUGGAUACUAUGGAAAGAUCGUCACAUACGAUGCAACUCCUGCAGCUGGAUCAGCCGCUUCAUGUGUUCCGAAUGUUCAAAAGGCUUGGUCAACAAUUCAGGAGAUGGCUGGAACUGUCCGAGGUGCCCGUGCUGUAAAAAAAGCGAUGACUAUUUGUGAUGCGGUUGGGCUGGAGGGUGCAGACUCAGCUCUUGCACUAAUGGAGUGGGUGAGCGAUGCUUUUGACAUGAUGGCCAUGGGAAUGUAUCCCUAUGCUUCGAACUACAUGACCAACGGGCAGGGUUACUUACCUGCGUACCCGAUUCGGGCAGCAUGUUCCUUCUUGUCGGAGCCCUUGACUGGGGUAGACCUGUUGGCAGGUCUUGCCAAAGCUGCAGGGCUGCUGUACAACAGUACUGGCGAUGUGGAGUGCUUUGACUUCACUGCUGCAGUGAACAAUGCGAGUGCUGAAGUCGAUGACAUGUGGAACUGGCAGUCAUGCACCGAAAUGGUCAUUCCAGACUCACGGGAUGGUGUCAGUGACAUGUUUUGGAAAAGGCCUUUCGACUUAGACGAGUAUAUGGCCACAUGCUUGAAAACAGUGGGCGCUUUGCCUCGUCCUCUUUGGGCUCAAACUCAAUGGGGAGGUAGACGUAUUGGCACAGCCUCGAACAUCGUCUUCAGCAAUGGGGAAUACGAUCCCUGGAGGGGUGGUGGGGUGACAAGUCAUGUGUCAGACUCUAUCACAGUCUUCACCAUUGCUGAGUCUGGGCAUCACGUGGACUUGAUGUUCUCCCAUCCUGAAGACACCAAAGCUAUCAAGGCUGCAAGGGCCUUGGAAGUGACGAGCAUCUCAAAAUGGAUUGCAGAGGCGAGGCAAAACAACAAGCCUCCACCGGAAGUAGCAACCAUUUGA